GAGUAGCUGAGUGACUAUGAAAAGCUUGUAAACGCCAUAGAAACUGGUUUUAGUCUAACCAUCAGCGACAGCCUCAACAAGACAGUUUACACCCAGCCAAAGACAGAAUGAAUGCUGACGGAAGCGGGAACCCACCUCCGUAUAUCAUACCAGGCAAUGCCAAGGGCUCCAACGUCAAGGUCUACCAUGUGCACACUCCGUUCACCCCACCAAGCUCCACUACUGGAGACUCUCGAAUCCAGAUGGAGUCAGCCAGAUCUGUUCAAUCAACGGAAGCCAAAAACAAAUUCGUCAGCUACGAAUCAUAUGAGCUGGAUCGCAAACCAGGAAUGGCCACCUGCACAAGCUGCCAACAGCAGGUCUUAACCAAUGUCACCCACAAAGUGGGAGUUUAUGCCUGGUUGAUGUGCUUACUCUUCAUCGUGUGCGGGUUAAUUUUAUGCUGCUGUCUGAUUCCGUUCUUCAUGAAGUUUUUCAAAGACGUCUAUCACACAUGCCCGAAAUGCAGCAAGAUCCUGCACAUCGAAAAGAAGCGAUGCUGCUAACCCCAUCCCAUCCCUUCCCCAAUUUUAACACCACUCAUGGAUUUGUCUGGCACCUUACACUAUAUGAAGGACUGGAGGACACUUUCAGGCCAACACAGAUGUUGUCUAAUACAAACUUGCUUGUAUAAACUAAAGCUUUGCAAUCUUUGAGAACCUUUUGGUGUUCAUCUGGCUUCGUCUUUAUUAUUGCAUUAUGUUAUAUAAUACAUUACAUUAUCAAAUGAAUAUGAAUAGCCUACUCAUUGUUUUGAUUGUAUAUCUAUAGAGGACUCAUGGUUAAGGGUUCAGAGGUCUGAGGAGUUUGCGGAACCAUAAAUUACGUGAUGUAAAUAUCAGUAAUUUUGGCAUCAACUGCACCAUUUAAAACAGUUGUUCUCAACCAAGGGACCUCAGCAAACUUCAAAUGGGCUUCAAGAUGACUUCAAAUUAUAUAAAUUAAAAUAAUGCAAUAACUGAAAUAGGUUAAGACAUUUCUUAAUUUACUCCAACAAUUUUUGUUUUUCUUUGAAAAACCAGGGUUCCCACAUAAAGGUUCUCGGUAUUGAUGGUUUCAUGAAGAAACUUUAACAUCCAUGGAAACCUUCCAUUGUACAAAAGGUUCUUUAGAUUAUUAAAAUGAGAAAACGAAAGUGUUUAAAUUUACAUUUAUUUAGGGAACCAAAAAUGCUUCUUCCAUGGCAUCGGCAUACAGCCAUCUGGAACUUUUAUUUUUUGAAAUGCACCGUCUAGAAAAACCAGGACACAUGAGGCGUCUUCCUUUGAACGUGUCAUUUCUGGAGCUGAAAAUGUCAUGUAAAUUAAUACAAAUCUUGAACUCCAUUAGCAAUUUAUGAAGGAUAGACAAUUUUGUGGUUCGUUAUGGCAAGCUCGAAUAUAUGUUAUCAGGUACAACCUGUAGAAAACAUUUUUAAAAAUCCUUAUCUAGUAUAUACUACAAACAACUGGAAAAAGUCAUGGGGUCUUUGAAUACUGUUGUGGGCAACGGGACUCAAAAAGGUUGAGAAUAAUUCAGAACCCACAAGAUCUCUUAAAUAAAACAAUGGAAAUCAUAUUUCCAAAAUUCAAUUUCUGAAUUACCACACUGCUAAAGCUGACUUGUUAUUGUUUAGCAAUUUAUCACUUCUGUAAAAAGUUUUAAUCUUUAGAAUAAUGUUAAAUGUGUCAUAUGUGCAUCUAAACGGAACCAUCUUAAUAAAACUGAAAUGUGUCUGUGCAAUAUACCUUAAUGAGAACGCUGCAUGUGCUGUUUAUACACUGAAAUCUUCAUCUUACAUGACACUAGCACAGCAUGACAAUCUGAACACCGUUUCGAGUUAAUUCUUCAAGGGCCAUGGCUGUAGCUUUUAUAGAAAAUUUUAUUCAACAUACAUUUUCCAGCAAAAAGGCAAUAUACAGGAAGAGUUGUCGUACACUGCUGCUACACGGAGGAAUUAGACUGGAGAGAAAAAAAAUCAAAAAAGAUAGAUGUGAUCUGCAGGUUUUCUUUGUACUGCACUUAAACGAGACAAACUGUUGCAAUUAGUAAAGGGAAAAAAAAAAAAAAAAAAAA